CCCUUCGUCCGUGAGGAAAAAGGGCGCAGCCAUGGGUAUCGACCUCAAGGCGGGUGGCCGCAGCAAGAAGGUGCACCGCACCGCUCCCAAGAGCCAGAAUGUGUACCUGGCUCUCCUCGUCAAGCUCUACCGCUUCCUCGUGAGGCGGACGGAGAGCAAGUUCAACAAGGUCAUUCUCAAGCGCCUGUUUAUGUCCAAGACGAACAGGCCGCCCCUGUCCCUCUCCAAGCUGGCCGCUUUCAUGAAGGGCAAGGAGGACAAGGUUGCCGUGGUGGUGGCGACCAUCACUGAUGACGUGCGCCUCUUCGAGGUGCCCAAGCUCCGCGUUUGCGCUCUGCGCUUCACGGAGACCGCCCGCGCCCGCAUCACCAAGGCCGGCGGUGAGUGCCUGACCUUCGACCAGCUGGCUCUGGAGCGCCCCACCGGCAAGGACUGCGUCCUGCUGCGCGGCCCCAAGAGCCACCGCGAGGCCGUCAAGCACUUCGGGCCUGCUCCUGGUGUGCCGGGCUCGACCACGAAGCCCUACGUGCGCGCCAAGGGCCGCAAGUUCGAGAAGGCCCGUGGCCGCCGGAAGAGCCGUGGCUUCAAGGUGUAAGCCGGGUCAGCGGCCACAAGCGCUGGGGCUGCUGUCGCGGCUCUGUGCUGGUUGGGUUCGCCGUUAUUGGUGUAACGCAACAUACCGCGA